AUGGAUGUGAACGGCAGCUGCGGCGGGGGAAGCGACCACAGGCAGCUCGAAGAGAGCAAGGCGCUGCUGGCCGAAAUGUCUGCGACGGAAGGGACGAAAAUGGGGGCCGCGCUCUGCCGGCGGGGAGUCCACUGCAACGGCAUGAGGUACAAGCUGCUGCAAGAGGGGGACAUCCAGGUGUGCGUCGUCAGGCACCCCCGGACCUUUCUCAGCAAGAUCCUGACCUCCAAAUUCCUGAGGCGGUGGGAGCCUCACCACUUGACCCUGGCCGAGAACAGCCUGGCCUCAGCCACGCCAACUGGGUACAUGGAAAACUCCAUUUCUUACAGCUCAAUUGAAGACGUGCAGUUGCUCUCUUGGGAGAAUGCCCCUAAGUAUUGUUUACAGCUCACCAUCCCUGGGGGGACCGUCUUGCUUCAGGCUGCAAACAGUUACCUGAGGGACCAGUGGUUUCAUUCCUUACAGUGGAAGAAAAAGAUCUACAAGUAUAAGAAGGUGCUCAGUAACCCAAGCCGUUUGGAGGUUGUACUGAAAGAGAUUCGAACUUUGGUGGACAUGGCGCUGACGUCUCCUUUGCAGGAUGAAUCCAUCCAUCAGGCCCCUCUGGAGAUUGUCUCCAGGCUGCUCUCAGAAAAUACCAAUUUAACCACUCAAGAGCAUGAAAACAUUAUCGUGGCAAUUGCUCCUUUGCUGGAAAAUAACCAUCCACCUCCAGAUUUAUGUGAAUUUUUUUGCAAGCAUUGCAGAGAACGCCCUCGGUCCAUGGUGGUCAUAGAAGUCUUCACUCCAGUUGUGCAGAGAAUCCUCAAACACAACAUGGAUUUUGGGAAGUGCCCUCGGUUGAGGCUCUUUACUCAGGAGUACAUUCUGGCCUUGAACGAACUCAACGCUGGCAUGGAAGUGGUGAAGAAAUUUAUUCAUAGCAUGCACGGUCCUACCGGGCAGUGCCCCCAUCCCAGGGUCCUACCAAACCUCGUUGCAGUCUGCUUAGCGGCCAUUUAUUCUUGCUAUGAAGAAUUCAUCAACAGCCGGGACAACUCGCCGAGCCUGAAGGAAAUUCGGAACGGCUGCCAGCAGCCGUGUGACCGCAAGCCCAACUUGCCCCUCCGUCUCCUCCACACAAGCCCCGACCUGGUGUCCCAAGAGGCCACCUUGACCGAGUCUCGUCUGAAGUCCGUCAUUGUCACAUCCAAUGAGGUCCACGUGGAAGUCGAGCGCAACAACACGGCCAACCAGAAGAUGACGGCCAAUGUCGGCAAUGACAGCGAGCCCAACCUGAUCGACUGCUUGAUGGUCAGCCCCACCUGCAGCACCAUGAGCAUCGAGCUCAGCCCGCAGGCGGAUCGUGUCCUUGGUUGCUACGUGGAGAUACUCAAGAUGCUAUCAAACUAUGAUGACUGGAGACCCGCUCUUGCCAGUUUGCUUCAACCCAUCCCAUUCCCCAAAGAGGCUCUUGCACAUGAGAAGUUCACAAAGGAGCUGAAAUACGUCAUUCAAAGAUUCGCAGAAGAUCCAAGACAAGAAGUCCAUUCGUGUUUGCUGAGCGUUCGAGCUGGCAAGGAUGGCUGGUUUCAACUCUACAGCCCCAGCGGGGUGGCUUGCGAUGAUGAUGGGGAGCUGUUUGCCAGCAUGGUCCAUAUUUUAAUGGGCUCUUGUUAUAAGACGAAAAAGUUCCUGCUCUCUCUUGCGGAAAACAAACUCGGACCUUGUAUGCUGCUAGCUUUGAGAGGCAACCAGACUAUGGUGGAGAUUCUAUGCCUGAUGCUCGAAUACAACAUUAUCGACAACAAAGACACCCAGCUUCAGAUCAUAUCAACUCUCGAGAGCACCGACGUGGGGAAAAAAAUGUAUGAGCAGCUCUGUGACAGACAGAGGGAGUUAAAAGAACUGCAAAGGAAAGGAGGGCCUACCAGGUUAACACUGCCAUCCAAAUCCACAGACGCUGACCUUGCCCGGUUGUUAAGCUCGGGCUCCUUUGGAAACCUGGAGAACCUCAGCCUGGCCUUCACCAACGUCACGAGUGCCUGCGCCGAGCAUCUCAUCAAGCUGCCUUCGCUCAAGCAGCUGAACCUGUGGUCAACUCAGUUUGGAGAUGCGGGUUUGCGGCUUCUCUCUGAACACCUCACUAUGCUGCAGGUGCUCAAUUUGUGUGAAACCCCUGUAACGGACGCUGGAUUGUUGGCACUGAGCUCUAUGAAGAGCCUGUGCAGCUUAAAUAUGAACAGCACCAAACUUUCAGCUGACACUUAUGAGGAUCUCAAGGCUAAAUUGCCCAAUCUGAAGGAAGUGGACGUGCGUUAUACAGAAGCAUGGUGAAAUCUCCUUCUUGCUGUAUCUCCAGUUUUCAACAUGGAGGGGGGGAGGAGAGAUUUUUGAAACAAAAAAGCAGAGAAAUAAAACUUUCAGCUUCUACCUGUAGAGAGCAAUGAGUUCCGAGGACUUCGAUUUUAGGAGCUGUGUUUGUGAGGUAGCAAAGUGGCUUUUGCGUGGGGGGGGGGGCUGAGCCAUGGCCAGAUCCUGUCUCUAAUUUUUUUCCAGCUUCGUACUAUGAAAUUCAACAUAAUUUUAAUUGGGGGGGGGGACAGAAAAGAAAAGACCCUGUAGCUGCAAGAGAAGAUUAGAGGGGAGUGGGGACAAGUACUCUGUGCGGAUUUUCAUUUGCCUUUUGUGUUUUGUGUUUUUUUUUAAAUGCCAUCUGGAAAAAAAAUGACAAUGUACACCAGUUUUUCUUAGUUUUCGUGGAUGGACCUCACCCUGUAGGUGCUUUUCCAUCUUUCCAGCUCUUAAGAAAGUGCGGGAGGUGGGUGGGGGGGUAAGAGAAAUCAGGAGAAGAAACAGAACUGUGUUAUGAUCUGCACCUCUUGUUCUGUCCCUUGCAAUCAUUAUGCAAAGUAAUUUUGUUGUACAUAAGAUUUACAUAAUGCACCUAUUUAAAAAAAAUGGUUCACAACUAACAGGUCUGGGACCUGUCUUUUAUUUAUGAAUUGUUAAUUCUCUUAUCUUUUUUCCCCCUCCAGUUUGUUUUGCAUAUAGUACUGUAUAAAAGUAGUUUGCCGUCUUAUUGUUUGUGUUUGUUUGUUUCCAAAAAAAAGGCAGAAAGCCCUCCUUAAAUAAUUUCUUUUUAAUAAUGCAAAACUGUAUUUCACAGUGUCUCUGUCCCUGCUGCAUUUCUGAUUUACAGAGGCCUCAAAGGGGAGCGGGAAAUAGGCAUAUAAAUAAGUAUAUAUCUGUCUAGACAAUGAAAAAAGGAGUGGGCAAGUUGGAUAUAGGUUCUAAAUUACCCAAGAUGUACACUUCCAAUCACUCUCAACCUUCUGGGGGGUUAGGUAAUUAGGGGUGGAGAGGAAACCACCUCAGGGUUAGUUUUUUUAAAAAAAAAUUAAAUGAAAAUCUUAAUUUUUCUGUGGAUCUUAAUUUGAGUUAUCAAUCUGAUGUGUUAGAUUUCCCUGGAUGGGAAACCUUCUGUUUACGUCCAAUAUUUCAAAAGCAAAUUUGGUGCGUUGUGCAAGUUCUCUCCUUUCCUCAUGUUCAGGUAAAUUUGGCAUGUUCAUUUAAGAAGACCGAAUCACGACUUCUUUACAGAUCAGUCUCGCUUAACUCAACCAGAAAGUAUGGGUCACUGACCAUUUCCUGAUCCUCUUCUACCGUUGCUCAGCAAAAUUAUGAAACUUUUUUAUGUUGGUUUCUUUUAAUAAAUAUGCCUUUGGGUUUUAUUCUCUCUCACAGUAAGCAUUCUUUGAACACA